GUGGCCAUAAAACAAAUUAAUCUCCAACAGCAGUGCAAAAAGGAACAAGUCAUUAAUGAAAGCCUAGUGAUGAGGGAAAAUAGGAACCCAAAUAUUGUUAACUAUUUAGACAGCUACCUGGUCGGUGACAAGCUCUGGGUGGUGAUGGAAUACAUGGCUGGAGGCUGUUUAAGUGAUGUUGUUACCCGGUUUUGUAUGGACGAAGGGCAGAUCGCAGCUGUCUGUAGGGAGUGCCUGCAAGCCCUGGAUUUCCUUCAUUCAAAGCAAGUGAUUCACAGGGACAUCAAAAGCGACAACAUUCUGCUUGGGCUGGAUGGGUCUGUCAAAUUUGCUGAUUUUGGCUUCUGUGCUCAGAUCACCCCUGAGCAGAGUAAGCGGAACACAAUGCUCGGGACUCCAUACUAGAUGGCACCAGAAGUGGUAAGAAAAGAAGCGUACGGCCCCAAGGUGGACAUCUGGUCGCUUGGGGUCGUGGCUAUGGAGAUGGUGGAUGGAGAACCUCCUUACUUCAGUGAAGAGCCUCUCAAGGCAAUGGAUCUGAUAGCGGCCAACGGGACACCGGAGCUGCAGAACGCCAAGCAACUGUCCGCUGAGUUUCGGGCCAUUUUGAGCUGCUGCCUGGAGGUGGACGUGGGCAGGCGAGGGUCUGCCCAGGACCUUCUGCAGAAUGCUUUGAGUCGGAAGGGACCUUUAAAGGCCAUCUAGUGCACCCCUGCAGUGAGCAGGGACACCUUUGGCUGUAUCAGGUUGCUCAGAGCUCCGUCCAGCCUGACCUUGGAUGUCUCC